CCCGUGCACCCGCAACUAAAACGACGUCGUAAUGAUACCACCACGUCACCUCGCAGCUCAAGCGCCCAACACCUCCACAAUCCGACGUGGCGCUCAUGGAGAACACAGUGGGCCCCACACCGAACCCUUUAAAACCCUAAGCGCCAAAAAUCUCUCUCCCCUUCUGAUCAAACCAUUUUUUUUAUCACUUCUGAAACGUGGUCCAGUCUUUGUUAUCGGAAUUCAGUUCAGAGUGUUUGAUGAUGGGGUUUUGGUUGAUGGGAAAUUGUGGAAACGGGAAGAGAUUUGGAUUUCGUGUUUCAGGUGUUUGAUUGUUUGUGACUGUCCAGCUUGAGGAGCUUUUCUCAAUUGAGGAACCAACUACUAAAUGGAAGAAGCCAAUCCAGACCAUUCCAGCAAAGCACCUAUCUCUAGUUUUCUGCAACAAAGGAAUGAAGAACCACCUGUCUCUUCUUCUCUAGAACAAAGGGAUAAAGAACUCGGUUUAUGCGUAAUACAGAAUGAAGCUACUGACUGUACUAGGGUCAUCUGUGAUGUUGAUGGUAAUGGUGCUGGACCUGAUCAUGGGCACAUCUCACAUGAGUCCUCACUGGCAGUUCAUCCUUUUCCAUGGGAGAACAUUCGGGGAAGAUAUCAAGCUUAUUCUCAUGGAAAUCUAGGGACCAGUAUGAAUUUGAUGACUAAUUCCACCCAAUAUAAUAGCUUUCUGAAUCCCCAGGUUCGCUCGAAGUCCAUAAAUAGUGGAGGCAUGUCCUUCUUACAUAGACCGGUGUCUGCUUUUCCAUGUCCUGAAGGGGACAUGAAUCGGUUAUAUCAAUCUUACACCCAUGAUAAUAGAGCAAUUGCUGAGAAUCUGAUGGAUGGUGCCACCCACUUCAAUAAUUUUCAGAGCCCUCAAAUUGAUCAAAAUUUUUUAACCGGAAAAGUUAAUGCAGCUGGAGGCUUCCAAAUGAACAGGGAGGGUGGAGAAGCAUGUACUGGUGAUGAAUACAGGUCACAGAUCAGCAGAGAUUUUGUAAACCUUGCUGGUAGCAAUCCUGGCUUAUACCAUACCCCAGGUAACAGAGAAUUAGGAAUUGGUAACAGUAGCAUGGUUGGUGCAGUUAACUCCAAUUUUCAAGAGCAUAUGGAUGGAAGUUUUUUGACCCUUGGAAUUGGAGGUAAUAGAGAGGCUGGAUAUAAGUCCAUUGUCUACGGCAAUGAAAUUAAUGACCAAAGUGAGAGACUUGUUUUUCCCCAAUUAAAUGCAUCCCAUGGUCAAAAAACUAACAUAACUUCAUCAAAUCCUGUUCACAACAUGGCAGGUAGCUUUUCAAGUUUACAAAACAAUGUUGGUGGAUUUUCAAGUCUUGGCCACAACAUAGGUGGCAGAACCUCAUCUAACAAUGAUCUUGGAGGGUCUGUUUUUCCCCAAUUAAAUAUUUCUUUUGGCCAAACAACAAACCGAAGUUCUUUGAAUCCUGUACACAACGUGGAUGAUCACUUUUCAAGUUGGCAAAAUGAUGUGGGUGAAUUUUUAAAUCCGACCCAUAAUAUGGGUGUUUGGGCCUCAUCUAACAACGAUUUUGGAGCUAUGUGUGGUACCAAUGCUGAACAUCACUUUCCGAGCUUAUGCCAUACCUUACAAACACCACAAGUUGAUGGGCAGCAGUAUCUUCCUAUGCCAAACAACAGGAACUUAGGUCUUGGAGUGAACAUUGAUCCACAAUCAGCAAAUAUUGAUCCUUAUGGGUUUCAAGGUUACCCCGCUUCUGCCACAAGACCCAUUAGUAGCAGUCAAGUUGGAGUGCUUGAUUUUGGACUACCCAGCUUGUCAGAGCUGCUUGCAGAAUCUGCUAAGACUAAGAGGAUAAUCGCACAACCAACUCCGGACCAAUUACAAGAACGUUAUAUGAAUCUCAGGAACUUCUCGCCUGGGCCUUCCAUGGCUUCUCCUUCUGUUUGGGGUAUAGAAGGCACCACCAGGCAAGAGCAAUCAGGGGAGCUAUUUCCAACUUAUGAGGGUAGUGCUACUUCAACUUUUGAAGGUCAUCCAUUUCAAAAAAGGAGAGAGGUUCAACCGGCAUUGCAAUUAUUUCCUCCGAAUGAGGUUAUUGCUGCUCAAGCUACUGAAGGUGGCCUUUUUCCAAAGAGGAUAGGGGUCCAAUCAGCCAGUAAUCUAGGCCGAACUCAGGACAGAUGCCCAGUUCAGUCUACCAAAGAUCUUCUUGGACCUGCUUUUACUGCUGGUCAAGGAAUCACAGUUGCAAAAGGGAAUGGACUUCCUUCUAGAGAUCAUCAUGGACAUCCUUUGGCUGAUGGUCAAGUAAUCCCAGUUGCACAGGGGAAUGUGUUGUCUCAAACUACUAAUGUUUUUGAUGCACCAUCUCGCAAGAGGAGUGCAGUUCAAACCCCUCAAGCCGCACCCUAUGUUCCGAGAAGAAAGACAAGGCCCCAACCAUCUAUUCGUCCAUCCAUCCCAUUUCCAGCCCCAAUGCCUCGGCCUUCGAUCAGUCCAUCCAUUCCACUCCGAGCCCGGCUGCCUCAACCUUCCACCAAUCCAUUUGUCCCAUCCUCAGCAGCCCCACAUGUUAAAUGGCAAGGUUUUGAUGGGUCUCCAGAACUAAGUGGACUCAAGUGCCUGAUAUGCAAGAGGGACGUUUCAUAUGCACCGGAGGGACACAUUUUCCAGCCAGCUAUUCCACCAGCUGUUGCUGUUCUACCUUGUGGUCACAUCUUUCAUGACCAUUGCUUGCAGCUUAUCACUCCCAAAGACCAAUCCAAAGAUCCUCCAUGCAUUCCCUGUGCCAUUGGCGAGACUUAAGUUCCAUCAUCAUCCCAUUUUUUGGAACUUUCAUUCUCAUUUUUGAUCUUUUGAAAAUUUUGUAGCAUUAAUGUGCAAAGAAGGAAGAGAAACAAAAUUUUCGGAGAGGAUAAGUGAAUGAAGUAGGUAAAAAUUCAUACAGCUGUACAUACAGAAGGUGGGGGUGAUGAAUGUACUUCAGGAGCUAGAGAAUGGUGAAGCCCAUUACAAAGUGUAAAGAACUGUAAGCACCCUUUUCCUUUAACAUCUCAUUUCCCUUGUUCAAUUUGGAGCUCAUAGCCAUUUAAUAUAUCAGAAUACAACAUCAAAAACCAUAGAUUGAA